AUGCAAAGGACGGUAGUUAAAUUUGGCAAAUUAACAGAGUUAAUUAGUUGCCGGAAUGUGACUAUAUCUGCAUGGCUUGGACGACAACAGCAUCGAGAAUAUACUACAAAACAAAGAAGUCAGAUAGCGGAUCCAUAUUCAAGAUUUAAGGAUCUCGCUUUAACAACGGGAACAAGGAAGAUACUGAUAACUGGCGCACUGGGACAGCUCGGAUAUGGAUUGGCAACUACAUUACGGAAAAUAUAUGGUAAUGAUAUGGUAAUUAUGACAGAUAUCGUGAAAGCACGGAAGGAUGAGAAAUGCGACCCGUUAUAUUAUCUCGAUAUACUCAAUGAAGCGGCUAUCAAUCAAAUAGUUGUCGAUCACAACAUUGAUACGAUCAUUCACUUUUCGGCACUGCUUAGUGCUGUUGGUGAAGCAAAUGUUCCUUUGGCGCUUAAAAUAAAUUCCGAAGGAGUGCAAAAUAUUUUAGAAGUUGCAAAAAAGCACAAAACACAAAUUUUUAUUCCGAGCAGUAUUGGUGCAUUUGGUCCAACAACACCUCUUGACCAUACUCCUGACAUUUGUGUCCAGAGACCACGUACAAUAUACGGUGUUACUAAAGUGUAUGCGGAACUUCUUGGCGAAUACUACAAUGAGCGUUUCGGUGUUGAUUUCCGUUCAUUACGUUUCCCGGGUAUCAUUAGUGCUACGAAACCGGGUGGUGGUACAACCGAUUACGCCGUACAAAUAUUCUAUGAUGCAUUGCUUCAUGGAAAGCAUAUGUGUUAUUUGCGUCCGAAUUCACGAUUACCAAUGAUGUACUACACUGACUGUAUUACUUCUAUCAUUUUAUAUCUGUCAGCUUCUGCUGAAAAAUUAACACAUCGAACUUAUAAUGUUACUGGCUACUCAUUUACACCGGAAGAAAUCGCCGUAGCAAUUCGUAAAAUAAUGCCGAAUUUCGAAAUUGAAUAUGAAAUUUGUCCAAUCAGACAGAAGAUUGCUGAUUCUUGGCCUAAAAGUUUGGAUGAUACAAGCGCAAGGAAGGAUUGGAAUUGGAAGCCGAUGUAUGAUUUGCAAGCAACCAUUGAUGUGAUGUUUGAUUUGGUGAAAUGUCAAUUAAUUGCUGAAGGAAAAAGUACCGUCAUAUGA